AUGAAUCCUCACCAGCCCGCGUCGCCGUCGAGGCGUUACCAGGGCGGAUACCAGCUCGAAGACAACCCCUUUCAUCAGCCGGUGCAGCAGCCCAUGACACACCUAGAGAUGCCCUCUGCGGAUAGACUGCAGUACCAGCCUACCUACUCCGUUGAAAACAUACAAAACUCAUACGGCCACAACGAAGCCUACGAAGAGCAGCAUCCAUACAGACCGUCUCCCAGGCCGGUUGCUGCAGGUACGGGUCCCCUGGCCCUGUCCCCGGAGGCCCAUCAUGAUGCCUACUAUACGCAGCCGUACGAGCCCGCGGCCACUCCCCCAGACGACUACGACCGUCAGCACCAGAGCUAUCCUCCCAGACAGUACGACGACCAUGUGCCUAUCCUGCACCAUGAACCCUCAUACACACCGAGCAACUUCGAUCUCUCGCAUACCCCUCACCCGGUAGACACAGAUGGCUACACAGACGACCCCAACAUGGCACUGAAUGUGGCUCCCACGCCCAGUCCGGCGCCCAUCAGACGGUGGAAGACCGUUCGAGAAGUCCAGCUGUUCAACGGUAACCUUGUCCUCGACUGUCCCAUCCCACCAAAGCUUCUCAGCCAGAUAAACCAUGCUGAACCCCCGGAGAGAGACGAGUUCACUCAUAUGCGCUACUCGGCUGCAACCUGCGACCCGGCAGACUUCUACCAAGAGCGGUUCACACUGCGGCAGCGGCUGUUUGCCAAACCACGACACACCGAAUUGUUCAUCGUUGUCACUAUGUACAAUGAAGACGAGUUCCUCUUCGCCCGAACAAUGGCCGGUGUCUUCAAGAACAUCGAGUACAUGUGCUCGCGCACCAGCAGCAAGACAUGGGGCAAAGAAGCCUGGAAGAAGAUUGUCGUUUGUAUCGUCUCAGACGGUCGUGCAAAGAUAAAUCCACGUACUAGAGCUGUCCUUGCCGGUCUAGGUGUUUACCAGGACGGCAUUGCCAAACAGCAGGUUAACGGCAAAGACGUCACUGCUCACAUCUACGAAUAUACCACCCAGAUAGGCAUGGAAGUCAAGGGCACCCAGGUCAUCCUCAAGCCGCGGCCGGGAAUGCCGGUCCAGCUCCUCUUCUGUCUCAAAGAGAAGAACCAGAAGAAGAUCAACUCUCACAGAUGGUUCUUCCAAGCCUUUGGUCGGGUCCUCGACCCCAAUAUCUGUGUUCUCAUCGACGCUGGAACAAAACCAGGCGGGCGAAGUAUAUACCAGCUCUGGCGUGCUUUUGACCUCGAGCCCAUGUGCGGUGGUGCCUGCGGUGAAAUCAAGGUCAUGUUGUCCCAUGGCAAGAAACUGUUUAACCCGCUCGUUGCCGGUCAAAAUUUUGAGUACAAGAUGUCCAAUAUUCUCGACAAGCCACUCGAGUCUGCCUUUGGCUUUAUUUCUGUCCUUCCCGGUGCAUUCUCCGCGUACCGAUAUGUUGCGCUACAGAAUGACAAGAACGGUCAGGGACCACUGGAGAAGUACUUUGCCGGCGAGAAGAUGCAUGGCGCCAAUGCAGGCGUCUUCACUGCAAACAUGUACCUCGCCGAAGACCGAAUAUUAUGUUUCGAGCUCGUCACCAAGCGUAACUGCCAGUGGAUCCUGCAGUACGUCAAGAGUGCCACUGGUGAGACUGACGUGCCGGAUCGUAUGCCCGAGUUCAUCCUGCAGCGAAGACGUUGGCUUAACGGCAGUUUCUUUGCUGCUGUGUAUGCUAUCCUGCAUUUCUACCAGGUCGGCAGGAGUAAUCACUCUUUCACUCGCAAACUCAUGCUCAUCAUUGAAUUCAUAUACCAAACUAUCAACCUCCUAUUCGCUUGGUUUGCAAUCGGCAACUUCUUCCUGGUCUUCCGUAUCCUCACUGCUUCUCUAGGUACUCCCGACCUCCUAGGUAAAGCAGGCAGUAUCCUCGGUGUUAUCUUCGAAUGGCUGUAUCUCGCUACGCUUGUGACAUGCUUCGUCCUUGCGCUGGGUAAUAGGCCGCAGGGAUCAAACAAGUUCUACAUGACCAUGGUCGGUUUCUGGUGCAUGAUCAUGAUAUACCUCACCUUUGCAGCCAUUUUCGUCACCGUCAAGUCAAUACAGAACGAGGCUCGUGAAGGGAAAUUCACCUUCGCUACGCUGUUCCAAAACCUGCAGUUCUUCUCCAUCUUCGUCUCUUUGCUGACUACCUAUGUCUUUUGGUUCUUGGCCUCCAUCCUCUUCUUCGAUCCAUGGCACAUGUUCACUUGCUUCCUACAAUAUCUCCUCCUCACGCCAACAUAUAUCAAUGUCCUCAACAUCUACGCCUUCUGUAACACCCAUGACAUUACGUGGGGAACCAAGGGAGACGAUAAACCUGAAAAACUGCCCUCAGCCCACCUUAAACCAGGUGGCAAGGUCGAUGUUGAAAUCCCUCAGGAUGACGGAGAUCUUAACGCUCAGUACGAAGCUGAGCUCGCAAAGUUCGCUAGCAAGCCACCCAAGGAGAAGCGUGUUGUCUCUGAAUCUGAGAAACAAGAAGACUACUACAAGGGUUUCAGAAGUGCUGUCGUCCUCGCUUGGAUCUUCUGUAACUUUGCUCUUGGUGCCGUGGUCUUGAGUGCCGCCGGCCUAGAGAGAGUCGACUCAAACAGCAAAGAUAACUCCCAGAAAAGGAGCAUUAUCUACAUGGCCGUCGUAUUAUGGAGUGUUGCAGGCCUAUCCUUGUUCAGAUUCGUCGGUGCAAUGUGGUUUUUGGUCGUUAGAAUGUUCCGCGGAGUAUAG